ACCGUGGCCAAAACGUCAAACUCUGUCACGUCAUAAAAUACGAGGAUUAGCGGCAACGAGAUUUUGAAUAUCGAGAUUAAUUAGGGCUCACACUGAGGUCCUGCCGCAGCUGCGAUGACAAUUACCGUUUAAUCGUCGAGCGAGAGAAAGGUGUAAAUAUACAAUCAUGUCCAACAGCAAUAUCACUUUGCCGAGAGCUCCGAAGGACUUGUGUUUCUCCGAGCUCGAUUUCGUGCAGGAGAAUUUCGAUGUCGACACGUUUCUGCAAGAUCACAGGAAAAAUGGCAAGCUGGAGACGAUGCGAGACGAUCUCGGCAUGUACUUGAAGCUACUGAGAUCGGCUAUGAUUGACCUGAUUAACAGAGAUUACACGGACUUCGUGAACCUGUCCAGUAAUUUGAUCGGACUGGACAAAGCCAUUAAUGACUUGCAAGCGCCGCUUGGACAGUUAAAGGAGGAAGUGAUGCAAGUGCGACAAGUUCUAGAUGAUGAAAUUACAACCAUUUCGGCUAAUCUGAAUGACAAUCUGAAGAUAAGAGAGCGCAAGCAAAGUUUGCACAGCUUGCAACAUGUGUAUAAGUCACUGAGAAAACUCUCCUCCAUAUUAUGUAUGAAAACGUUUAUGGAAAAUCCCACAAAGAUCGACGUUCUGGAGCAGGCUGCGAUUGAAUUGAAUCAAUUGAAAUUCCAUAUGUCCAGGUGUAAAUCGGAUAUCUCGAUUGAUCAAGAAAAAGAAACUACAGAAUUGGAAAACUUGUAUCUAACAUGUCUGAACGAGUUGUUCUUAGCAUGUAUACACGAGAAGAAUUCAAAUUUGGCGAUUCGUUGCCUUAGAAUUUAUCUUACGCUCGACAAGAUAACAAACGCUGAAGAGUUGGUUAGGCACGAACUUGUAAGGCCGUUAAUUUACAAUAUCGUUAACGAGGAGAAUCUUCAAACUGAUCCACUUGGCCUGCAAAGCAUUUAUCAUAGAUUACUGAAUAUUCUAAAUGUGGAAUUGAAACAGCUGUUGGAUAUCACGUUACAUCCCGAAAGAAUGUCCGUGAAGGGAUUUAAUUUUCUUGUGAACAGCUUUUGGGUUGAAGUCGAAGAAAAGAUCGAGCAAUAUAUAAAAUCCAUUUUUGCUCCUGGAGAUCCGGUACUAUUUCACAAAAGGUAUACAGCUACGUUGGAGUUUUUAACAAAGUUGGAAGCAGAGUGCGUUACGCCUGAAAUUUUGGUGGCACUGAAGAAUCAUUCACAAUACAAAAGUUUUCUCAAAAAAUGGAAUUUACCAGUGUACUUUCAAAUUCGAUUUCAAGAGAUAGCCGGCACUGUGGAGUCGGUGUUAGCCGAACCAAUAUCGCCGGACUCGGUCAAAGGUAGUCUUACGUCUCUGACGCAAAAGGAAUUCUCUCUUCACGCAACUGAUGUGGUUUGGAAUAAUCUGCUAAGGAUUUGGACCGACGAUAUCUAUUUGUAUCAAUUGUUUCACAGAUUUUGGAAACUUAGUCUUCAAAUAAAUUCGAGGUAUCAAACUUGGUGUCAAUGUGCAAUGAAACAAGUAUGGCCAGUGAUAAAUGAAACUAAUAGUCCAAAUGAUUCGAAACGUUCUACAAGAUUGAAUUUUCUAGUAUAUUUGUAUACUGACGUAGAAAAAUUGAUAAACGCCCUGCCAUCUUUCCUACAAAUGGUACAGUCUAAAAUUAAAGACGAAAACGUUACAAUAUCGAAACUAUUAGAAGACUCUUUGGGUGAUACGUCGAAGAAUCUAGCCAAUCUUUUACCUUUAAUUACAAAAGAAAUUGUGAGCGAGCUCUCGGAACAAUGCGUAACGCAUUUGAAACAAGUUAGCGAUAUUCCUCGAUUGUUUAGAAGAACGAAACGAGAUGUGCCGACUAAACCUUGUCCAUAUGUAAGGAGCGCGAUGGUUCCUCUUAACAAUUUCUAUACGGAUUACAAUAAAAUUAUUCCUGAAAAUAUUAUUCUUUGGUUGGAGCUGACUUUAUCGUCAUUAACAGAAAGUUAUUUGUUAUUCGUUACGGAUGUGUUAACAUCUGUACAAAAGACGGAAGAGAGUUUAAGAAGGUUGAAAAAGAUACGUGAUAAAUCCACUGGAGUUCUUUCAUCGGAACCGCAGGGGACCAGCGACGAUGAAAAGAUACGUAUUCAACUUAAAGUAGAUGUGGAUGGUUAUGCAAAUAUGGUUAAAGACCUUACUAUUUCGACUGCAAACAUACAUCAUCUGCAAGAGUUGAUAGAUGCUGUAGAAGCAGCCGUUAAGAAAUAAAAUUCUACUAGCAAAAGUAGUCAAUUGUGUGAAAUGUGCAAUUCAAGAACAAUUUAAAAACAUCGUCAGUUAUUUGUAAGAUUACACUGUAACACGAUUAAAAACUUUUAAAGUAAAUAA